AUGGGUGCCUAUCUCUAUGGGCGCCUAUCUCUAUGGGCGCCUAUCUCUAUGGGCGCCUAUCUCUAUGGGCGCCUAUCUCUAGGGGCGCCUUUCUCUAUGGGCGCCUAUCUCUAUGGGCGCCUAUCUCUAUGGGCGCCUAUCUCUAGGGGCGCCUAUCUCUGGGCGCCUAUCUCUAGGGGCGCCUAUCUCUAUGGGCGCCUAUCUCUAGGGGCGCCUAUCUCUAUGGGCGCCUAUCUCUAUGGGCGCCUAUCUCUAGGGGCGCCUAUCUCUAUGGGCGCCUAUCUCUGUGGGCGCCUAUCUCUAGGGGCGCAUAUCUCUAGGGGCGCCUAUCUCUGUCGGCGCCUAUCUCUAGGGGCGCCUAUCUCUCUAGGGGCGCCUAUCUCCAUGGGCGCCUAUCUCUAG